CCUUGUUUCAUCAACCAUAUUUCUAACAGAAAUUGUAAAUAGUUACGAAGUUGGUCACAGCAAACUUUCCCUCUCCCUCUCCUACCAAUGGCUGACAGUUCUAGUACCACCAGUAGCACUACCGCGUUCGUCGCUGACAGUUCUAGUGCCACCAGCAGCACCGCCGCUUCUACGACGGCAAAGUCACGAGAAACUAGAAGCUGGGCAGACGAAGCCGACGAGAUAGAUCAAGCCGAGCAGUCUGAAAACGCUAGCGCCGAGACUGAAAUUGGAUCUCUACAAAUUGACGAGUCCAAAAGAGUCAACAACUCCACUCUUGAUGAUCCAGUAGAUUCCAGAAUAGAAGCCGUUACAUCUGGCGACACGUUGUACAAAUCAGCGAAGAGAUUUGAGGAUUUGAACUUGUCUCCUGAGUUAUUGAAGGGAUUAUAUGUAGAGAUGAAGUUUGAGCGACCUAGCAAAAUUCAAGAGAUUAGUUUACCCAUGAUUCUUACGCCGCCCUACAAGAAUCUUAUUGCUCAGGCUCAUAAUGGCUCUGGUAAAACUACUUGCUUUGUACUUGGAAUGUUGAGUCGGGUCGAUCCGAAGCUUCGUGCACCUCAAGCUCUCUGUAUUUGUCCAACCAGAGAAUUGGCUAUUCAGAAUAUGGAAGUGCUGUUGAAGAUGGGGAAUUUCACUGGUAUAACAUCAGAGUUAGCUAUCCCAGCAGAUGCAGCCAACUACAUACCAAUUUCAAAGCGGCCACCUGUGUCAGCACAAGUAGUAAUUGGCACACCUGGAACUAUAAAUAAGUGGGUGACAGCAAGGAAACUGGGCAUGAGUUGCAUGAAGAUUCUUGUAUUUGAUGAAGCGGACCACAUGUUGGCAGAGGUAAUUGAUUCACUAUCAGCACUUACGAUAGUUCCUUUGAUUUUUUCCCUUUUUGUUGUGCUUUUGUUUUCUGCAACGUUUGGGGAAAGUGUCAAAUCAUUUGUGACAAAAAUUGUUAGAGAUCUUUUCGUGAAAGAUUAUAACCAGAUGUUUGUGAAGAAAGAAGAACUUUCGCUGGAUUCAGUGAAGCAGUAUAAAGUGCAGUGUCCGGAUGAACUUUCAAAAGUCAUGGUGAUUAAAGACAAAAUUCUUGAACUAGGACAGAAGGUGGGGCAAACAAUUAUAUUUGUUCGUACAAGAAACAGUGCGAGUAUGUUGCAUAAAUCAUUGGUGGACUAUGGCUAUGAAGUGACAACAAUUCAAGGGGCUCUUAAGCAAGAAGAUAGAGACAAAAUAAUCAAGGAGUUCAAAGAAGGAUUGACACAAGUUCUUAUAUCAACUGAUCUUCUUGCUCGUGGAUUUGAUCAAUCGCAGGUUAAUUUAGUGGUUAAUUAUGAUCUCCCUGUAAGACAUGAGAGUCCAUCAGAGCCAGAUCAUGAGGUAUACUUGCAUCGGAUUGGUAGAGCAGGGCGUUUUGGCCGCAAAGGUGCCAUAUUCAACUUGCUCUGCGAUGACCAAGACAACAUGCUGAUGUCAAAGAUUGAGAACCAUUUCAAUAGUCAAGUGACUGAGAUCGCCUCAUGGAAAAGUGAGGAGGAUUUUGAGAAUGCUCUGAAGAAAGCUGGCUUGCUCUAAGUUGAGUAGAAUGUACCUUUUGUUGGUUAACAGAUCUCAGGAGGUGGAUGCACUAUCUGUAAAUUGAUGGCAUGUAUUUAGCUAUUUGGUCUUGUCAGGGUGAUUUUUCUUCCUGUCUUGGUAAAUAUGUUCUAUUUUUUUUUUCUCCUUAACAAUUUUGAGUAAAACAGACUGGUAAUGCUUGGAAAUGGCUUUUGUACUGUUGAAACAUCAUAGGCCUAGAGUGCUCCUGAAAUGCAGAGGUUAUCAUUGUUCAUAAUUGAUUGCUGUCAGGUUCACUUUCUAUUUUCAAUUUGGCGGUUCAACAAGCUUUAUCUGAUGUAAAGAGAAUGUACAUUGCAAAUAAUGCAAGUCAAGUAGGUAUCUUCAGUGGUUGAAUCCUGCCUUGUCAGAAGACUUUGGAGUUGGAGAAAGACUCCACUGUCUUUUCUGUUUGUGAGGGUAAAUGAUCUGUGAGUGACCUAGAGGCUGAGCCAGGUUUCCAAGAUUUGAAGCUUAUGUGUUCGUUCUAUUCUGCAUAUGGAAUUAGAACCGGGCAAACCCAUGAUCGUGAUUUGAUCAUCAUUAAGUGGUGAGAAAGAAAUUUUAUUCUUUUUUAAGUUGCUAGAUUCUAAAUUAAUAAUUUGUAUAUAUUGAAAUAAUUUUUUGAGACAAAUACACGAGUUGAAUCAAAGCUACUGGUUCAGCUGACACUGUAGCUCGGUCCCCAUGUCUAACAGCUUUUUCUAUUUUUCUAUUCGGACUCGCACUUUUAAGGAAUUUAUUCUUUUGGCCAGAUAUGUAACAAGCUUGCUCGGAA